AGCAGGAGCAAGCAGCUAGGGUUUCAUCCCCCCUCCGCAAAUCAGCUUUCAGAGAAGAGCCUGCUGCGAGAGGAGGAUAUGUAAUGUAGGCAGAAGAAAGCCUGUCCUCCUCCCCCCACCCCACCAACCUCUUACGCGUUGCAGUCAGACAGGCAAGAUACACGCGUAGCGCUUCAGUCAUGGCUUACGCUCAAGGACUAGAACGCAGAUUGCUAGUUCAGACACGACUUGGGCUAAGCUAGCGUCAUCUUACAGGAUCAACUUAGCCCUACAUAAACCGCCGUCAGGUGUACCUUGGUUGCUCAGGUUGCUGCAGAGGCAGUUUCGACCUUAUUUCUUAGGAGUGGAAUUGUUUUGGAGAGGACCCCACUGGGGCAAGCUUACUGGGUUUGUGGCAGAGGAAGGUCUGUUAUACUGGGCUCUGAACAUUACCCUGAGGCCUUACUGGGUUAGAUAUUAAGUUAUAGGCGGAACCUUUUUCUUCACGUGCUGUCUUCCAGUCACGGAAAUGGGCUGCCUGUUAGAAAAUCGGCCAGUUCGGAUAGGCGUGGGCGGCGGUAGAUUCCGUGGAAGUGCUUCCUUCCACACUCUCAAUCUGCGCUCAAUACUCCUAGCAACACUCUCAGUCUCCGCUCUCUUAACUCUUUCACAAGCCCAAGCCGACGACUCCGCUUCGACCGUUUCCGGCUCGGUAACUGUCCAGCCGUCGGCAUUCGAGAUGUACAUGCAGGAGAGAUGGCGGAACGAAGAGCUCGUAAAGGACAAUCCGGAGGAGUUCGCCAUUUUUAAAGCUCGCGAGCUCUCGAAGCACAUGCUCCGUCGAAGCCUCGCUAGCCGGUCAAACCGAAAGUCCGCGUCUGCUGAGUAUUCCGCCUCUCCCGAGGAACUAGAGGAAACUCGGUCAGUUGGGAGGAUGCUGAGCGAAACGGCGCGUAGCGGGGGAAGCGCAGGAGGUUCCAACUGGGGACAGAAGCUUCGCGCUUUCGCGGGCUCGGUGAAGCGGAGGAUUCUCGCGCAGCCGGGUUACAUGGAGCUGUACGAAAUGACGGAUCUCCCCCAGCGAAGACGGUUACAGGGCAACUCGGGGAAGAUCCAGGCGAUUCAGGCGCCUGACCUGGGAGCAGCGCCGGCUCGCGGCGACUUGAACGUGUCCUGGUAUCGUUGGCAGAGCGUGUCGCAGCCGACUCUGGUGGACUGGAGCAUCACGCCGUACAUGACGGCCAUCUUAAACCAGCAGUUCUGCGAGAGCUGCUGGGCGAUGACGGCAACGGACCUCGUGAGCGUGGUGUCGGCGCAGAUCAACAACGCCACCGCGGAGCUUCUUUCCGCGCAGCACGCGUGCGACUGCUCCGCGUCCAAGUGCUGCCAGGGCGGCUGGCCCGAGUGGGUCUUCCAGUUCAUUAUGCUCAAUGGCGGGCUGGCUGCUAACGCGGAUUAUCCCUACGUGGGGAUGGUGAACUCGUCCUGUGCGAGCGUUUCGAAAUCGAAGCUCAAGGCGAAGAUCAGCGGGUGGGAGAAGGUGCCUGCGCGCAGCAACGGCGCGCUGAUGAAGGCAGUGGCGCAGCACCCCGUGCUCGUCUACAUCGCCGCCAGCAGCAACGACUUCAUCAACUACUCGGGCGGUAUUUUCUUCGGGCAGUGCAGCGGCGAGAUCGACCACGCGGUGCUGGUCGUAGGCUACAGUCUCACCGACCCUAACGCGCCGGUCUGGAUCAUAAAAAACACCUGGGGAAGCACCUGGGGCGAAGGCGGUUACAUGCGGCUACCGAUGCUGGCGGACGGGCCCGGCAAGUGUAACAUGCUGAGCGAACGCGGGAUUUACCCGAUUUUCUACGAUAGGACCAAGGGAUCCGCUUUGUGCAAGCUGCCGAUUAACCCGUGCGGAGGCGGAACGUGUGUGGUGACGAACGGUGGGCCUCGGUGCAAUUGCCCGCCUGGUUACGUUGAGCGUUUGGAGAACGACGCGCCUAAGUGCACGUUGGCUACACCUUGUGAUUCGAACCCGAACCCGUGCGGUAUCGGGACUUGCUAUAACGAGUUUGACGGCAGCUACACUUGCGUCUGCCCUCCGGGCUCUGUGAUUGGCUCGCGUGUUGAGGGCACCAUGACAUGCGUUCUCGGUACAUUCCAAUCGGGCCUCCAAACCUACACCAUCCUGCAAGGCGACACCUGCGGAACCAUCGCCAGCACGUUCGGAUUUACUGUAGACUUCCUCCAAACCAAAAAUCCGUUCAUCGACUGCUCCCAACCUCUCACUCCGGGUUACGUCAUCCUCGUUGGCGCAACCAACGUCUCUUUAGGCUGCUCCGCUAUGGAUAUUGUCAGCCCGGGCGACACAUGUAGCACAGUUGCUGCACGCAACAAUAUUACUGUACGUCAAUUGUUGGGAAUCAACCCGACCCUCAACUGCAACGUUUCGCUGCAGCGGUCGCAGGCGCUGUGCGUGGCACCCGGCGCGCUGUCCGCCACGUCAUCUCUGAUCCGCUCGUGCGGGCGCGUGUACAACGUCGGCGCGCAGGACAGAUGCGUGGACAUCGCGCGCGGAUUCAACAUAUCCCUGAUCGAUUUCAUGUGGCUGAAUCCGGGUCUUCGGUGCGAUGACAAUCCCAUCAACAACGCCAUUGCAGUCUGUGUCGCUCCUCUCACCACAGAGUUCGUGACGGUGAACUGUAACAACUGGUACACGGUUACCCAGGCGGACUCGUGCCCUCUCAUGGCCAACACCGUCGGCCUCACAGUCAACCAGUUCCUCCGCCUCAACCCUGGCCUGCGGUGCUACCCGCCGUACCUUCAGAUCGGGCAAGCUGUGUGUGUGAACGGCACUGCGCAGUCGAUGACCAAGUACCCGCUCUCCCCCAACAUCAUCCCCUUCUCGGUCGGCGUCAACGACACGCUCGCCUCCAUCUCGCAACAAUACGCCUCCAUGUGUCCCAACAACACAUACCCGCAAGACAUCUGCGCGUCGAAUUCCUUCCCAGAUUGCACGGACCAGUCAAUUACGCCUGGCCAAAUGAUCCUCAUCCCAUGCACGAGGAAGAUAGGGGGCGACGUCUGCGCGACCUCACUUCCGGUCUGCGGGUCCGACUUCGUCACGUACCCGUCCACGUGCCACGCGGUGCUGAAUUUCGCGCUGCCGCUUAUCAAGGCUGAGCCGUGCGACAUGUGCAACCAGGGGAUUUGCCAGAACCGGACGUUACUCGAGCCAGCCCCCAACAAGUGCCCUGCGCCGCCUGGCGUCUGCCCGCUCCCAUCAUGGCCGCUCACUCCAGAUUAUUUCUACUACUGCCCGAUGGUGUUUAAAACGCAGUGCGAUUGCUUGCUGUACACCUGUGACUACCUCUGCAACAGAGCAGCGGCGUACUAUAAAUACAGCCUUGGCAGCAAGUACACCACGUACAAGAAUGGCACCGUGUUCAAAGCCGCAUGCAACAGCUCGUGUAUGAGUGACUUGAGAACGGGUUGCUGAGAUGCAACAACACCUGGGUGCUGCUUUCUUGUCGAAUGGUUUCGGAUGACAUGACAUCACAUCACAUCACGAACAGCUUUCCAAGUGGACGAUUUCUGUAGUGCCCUCUCCCGCGUGGCUCAUCGAUUCAUCAGUCAGCAACAAACACUUGUAUAAGUGACUUGGACCAGGCUACUGAGCUGACUUGCUGCUGUGUAGAAUGCAUGCAGCAGCUGUGCCUGUUUUGGCUACUCAUCUUCCAAGAUUCCUGCUGUCGCAGCUGCAAACACUGCAGCUCGACUUGUUUGAUUUAUUUACUGAAGCUGCUUUUUGCUUACUAAUCCGUGUUGGCCUAACAAUGGGCGUAUUCUUUUCUGCUGAUUCAUUUACACAGUAUGUCUCGUUUAUUUCCCUAACUGCCAGUUUUUUAGGGGAAUGCUGUGCUGUUACUGUUAUAGACCCGGCGAACAAAUCU